AGGCCACCAAGGAGCACAUCACGAUGAAACCCAUCCCACAAAAAGGACCCACACCAAGCCCAGAGACAGCUAUUCUUUCGAUAACUUAAAAGGCAAUUUAAAGAUGGAACACACACUCUAGUAUCAUAAGUGCAACCUUUAUGACAGUUAAAAUACUGUUUUGCUCCCGCUAAAAAGAAGUUUCAAGUAUUUGUUUAUUGCCAUGAAGAACUGGAAAGGCAACUCUACCAAGAGGGUCUCCAACCAAGAGAAAGAAAGAGAAGAAAAAAAAAAUAUAGAAAAGAUCAUAUCUCUCUCAUGCUCUCACUUUCUGUUCUCUAUUCUAACUUUUCUUUUUCUUUGGUCUUUCCACAUUUCCAAAUUUCUGACUCUUUAGCUAGCUCUCUUUUGGAGAAGCUGAUCAUCAGUUUAGUUAGUUACUUUCAUCACCUUUGCAAGUAAAUUCAAGAAUGGUUAAGGAGACUGAGUAUUAUGAUGUUCUUGGUGUCAAUCCUUCUGCUUCGGAGGAUGAGAUUCGUAGAGCUUAUUAUCUCAAGGCCAGGCAAGUUCACCCAGAUAAAAAUCCUAAUGAUCCCCAGGCUGCAGAAAGAUUUCAGGUUUUAGGCGAAGCUUAUCAAAUCUUGAGCGAUCCAGUGCAAAGAGAUGCAUAUGAUAAGAAUGGGAAGUAUUGCAUAUCAAGGGAAACUAUGCUUGAUCCUACCGCAGUUUUUGCUCUUCUAUUCGGAAGCGAGUUAUUCGAGGACUACGUAGGACAUUUAUCUGUGGCAUCAAUGGCUUCAUCAGAAUUAGCUGCAGAAAUUGACAAUCCUGAUAAAGUACAUGAAAAAUUGAAGGCUGUUCAAAAGGAAAGAGAAGAAAAGCUAGCAAGAUUUCUUAUUGAUUUCCUUAACCAAUAUGUUCAUGGCGACAAGAUUGGUUUCUUAAAGCGUGCUGAAUCUGAAGCUAAACGGCUCUCUGACGCAGCUUUUGGAAAUGAUAUAUUACAAACAAUUGGCUACAUAUAUUCAAGACAAGCAGCACAAGAGCUUGGAAAGAAGGCAAUUUAUCUCGGAGUGCCAUUUGUGGCUGAGUGGGUUCGCAAUAAGGGUCAUUUCUGGAGGUCACAGCUUACAGCAGCAAAAGGUGCUUUUCAGUUGCUGCAACUUCAAGAAGACAUGCGCAAGCAGUUUAAAAUGGAUGGAAGUGGCCCCGAAAAUGACGUCGAAUCACACCUUCGUUCGAACAAAGAUAUAUUGAUGAGCUCAUUGUGGAAACUGAAUGUAGUUGACAUUGAAGUUACCCUUGUUCAUGUAUGUCAAAUGGUACUGAAGGAAAUUAAUGUAAGAAAAGAAGAACUUAGAGCUCGGGCCUUGGCUUUAAAAAUACUCGGCAAGAUCUUUCAGCAAGAAAAGCAAGCUCAAAAUGGGGCAACAUCAAAAGGAAAAGGUGCUGCUGAAACUGAUGAUGACAGCAGUUCUGAUAGCAGUAGUGAAGAGGAUUCACCAAGAGCCUUAUCAUACCGAACUCCCCUACUUACUCAGGGUAUUGGCAGACUCUUCAGAUGCCUCUGCAAUCCAGCAUUUGAUGUGGAUGAUGAAGAGAUUGUGUACAAGAGCAAAUGAUGCAUGGUGGUAGGUACAUACCCAAGGUUAAAAUUGUGAUGAACAAGAGAAGUAAAAGAUACAUGCUUUUUUUCCUCCUUUCUAAUCAUCAGCAUCAGUAUAGCCCAAGGCAUCUUUUUGAAUGGAAUCUUUUUAAACUUAAAAGGACAGUUUGGCGCAAGCUAUAUUUCACGGGAUGUGCUUUUUCUCUUUUAAGGACAAGACACCAUUACACAUCUAAGUGACUGUAUAAAUGUAGAGUAAUUACGAAGGCUGUUGUCUCGAGGGUUUUUUUUAUCCUUUUUGGAUUUUCUUUAGUCCUGUUUUAAGCCAAGGGAGCUUCAGAUUGAAUUCCGUUGAAUCAGACAAUUGUUGCAAGUUUGAACACAAAUAAAGCAACCAACACCACUGCAAGCGAUGGAUCAUUUUCUA